CGGUCGGUGCCGCUGUCAGCUGCUGCAUCGCGUUGAGCUUCCUCGGGGUCUCGCGACAAACACGCAGCCGGUGCAUCCAAUUGCACUCCAUUUUUAUUAAUUUUUUUCUCAUCAUCCUAAAUAAUUUGGAAAAAUUUUUUCCCCUCCCCGUCGCAUCGGGGGGAUCGCGCUCGAAAGCUCCGAUUCGGGUUCGAAAUCGUGCGUCCACCCCCCCUCCCCCUCCUCGUCGAAGAAAGAAAAGGGUACCACAUGUGCAUACGGGGGAGCGACGCUCGAGGAGGGACGAUGUGAAGCGGGCGAUCGGCGGCGCGAUGCAGCACGAAGGCAUUAUGUUCCUGCCGUUGCCAGUAGACGAACGGAGGUUGCUGUAAUAGCUGGGCAUUCUCCAGUCUUCGAGAGGUUGUCUAGUGAUACGAGCACGUCCCACUUUUCCGAAGCAAACCACCCCGCGGACCAUGAAGAGGCCUUCCAUCAAGACGCUCACGUGGACGUUCUGCCUGUCCACCCUUUUAUUCCUGCCGGCGCGAACGAGUGGCCUGGAGGAGAAUUGUACGGACUUUCAGGGCGGCACCGUCAGACACGGCCUUCUCUACGUGCCGGGACCUGCGGUCUGCAGCCUCUGCGUUUGUUAUCAUUCCGAGCCGAUGUGGUGCCAGGCUAUUUAUUGCACGCCGCCAUAUAAAUGCAAGAAGUUCCGCGUGGGCGAGCGCUGCUGCGAAUUCGAGUGCCUGGAUGACAGCGACGACUGGAGCGGGCCGGACGUGUACGACGCCGCAGUCCCAUCGUCGGAGACGAUCCGGGCGCAAGAUCCCAUCCUUUGCCUGCUCGCCUUGAUCGUGCCGUUGAUGGUGCCCUAGUUACGGACGGACGGGACUCGC